AUGCCCACUAACGAUCCGAAUAGUGAUUUUACUCAAGCAAGUAACGACGCUAUAAAUGAAUUGGGCUUGUCCGACUUUGAGGAAGUAGGAGCAGACGAGUCGAGAAAGCGACAAAAAAGACCGGGCUUCGCCUGUGUGCGUUGUCGCAGACGCCACGUUAAAUGCCCUGGUGGUAGUCCAUGCACCAAAUGCGCUUCAGCAAAAGUUGCAUGUGAGUAUCUGGAGCCUAACAAGAAGUUGGUGGUCUCCAUGAAGUAUCUCCAAAAACUGCAGUCCGAUUUAGUUGACAUGAAACGGGAAAUCCUGAGAUUGCAAUCCACCAAGAGUGAAGUAACACCAUCCAGAACAUCUAUAGAUGCGAGUAUGGAGUCUACCUCCAAUAUCAAGCUUCACAAAAAUUCGGACGAGUGUAAUACGGACGAGGAAGAAAUUGUGCCUAACUUUGCUGAGAGGAGGGGGCGACUUGUGGCCUCGAGGACAGGCCAACGGUACUUUGUGGGCUCUUCCUCAAUGACUUUAUUUGGAAUGGAGAUCCAGUCACUCAUCCCGGAGCGUUUCAGCAGAAAGAUGAAAAAUGGAUUUUACAAUGCCCUUGAGCAAGAAGUGCGAGAGGUGUCUAGUACAAAACCGAUUGACGAGAUUCUUCAAGAAGAAGGGAAUGCUUACAAGAUUAUUCUGACUAAGAACGACGGGAAUGAUGACAUUAGUGUAAAUUUUACCCUCCCGUCGUAUUCAUAUGCUGUUCUACUGGUAGACACUUUCGUUACUUAUAAUGAUGGGUGUUUUUAUUUCUUCAAUGAGGGAAUUGUGAAAAAGCAGCUGAACAGUGUUUAUGAGGGCUCAGCGAACUUUGAAGAUCAUACUUUGCAAACGAUUUGGUUUUGUAAAGUUCUCCUCAUAUUUGCCACGGGCGAAAUGUACCUUGGUAUCGCAAAUAAUUCAAAUGGAACAAAACCUUCAUCAAAAGAAGGACCAAAGUUACCGGGAUCUGGAUUUUUUGAACAGGCGUCAAAUAUAUUCAGCUGCUUGUUUUCUAGCGGUCGCAUCGAGAAUGUCACGAAACUAGGAGGGAUUGAGGUGAUGCUGCUGUAUGCUUUCUACUUACAAGUAGCGGACUGUACAGUGGCGUCUUAUUUCUAUUUCGGGCAGGCUCUACGUGCUUGUCUUAUAAUGGGCUGGCAUGUGGACGCUCAGAGAGAUAGCAUUACACGAUUUGAGCUAGAACACCGCCGUCGCUUGUGGUGGACAAUUUACAUGUUUGAAAGGAUGCUCAGUAGUAAAGCAGGUCUCCCGUUGAGUUUCACUGAUGAAAGUAUCACCGCAGGACUGCCAGAUGAUUUUAACAUGUCGUCCCCUCCUCCUAAAUGCGAACACUACAUUUUUCCUGAGGCAGAGUUUAUCACUAACUGUGUUAAAAUUACUCAGAUUAAUGCCGUUAUUCUGAACAAGCUGUACCAACGCUUACCAGGUUCAAAUAUCUUGCCGAUUUUGAAAGACAUAGUGAUGCAACUCUUGGACUGGAGAAAAACUCUUUCCAGCUUUCUGCAAGUGGACUUCAAGCAAAAAGAUCUCAGAAUUUCGAGGUUAUGCACAAAUAUUUUUACUGAAUAUUUUCAGGGUAUGAAUUUGGCAAUUCGACCCCUCCUUUUUCAUUUUGCCUCCAUUAAGCUGAAGGCGCUGGACACGUCCGACACUUACGUCAAUUUACAAAACUACUCACCAACCAUAUCUUCACUGCUUAAUUGUUCUUUACAGGCCUCAAUGAAUACAAUAAGGUCAUUGUGGUAUCUAAAGCAGCAGAAUAUGGUAGCAUUGUUUGGAUACAUGGAUCGUGAAUAUCUGUUCACUUCAGCUUGUACAUUAGUUCUUUUCAACACAGCAUUUGGAGUGUACGAACAAACCUCAGAACAUCUGAAUCAUGCGUUGCUGAUAUUCACCAAAAUGCGAAAUUUGGGUAACAAACCAGCUGGUCUGCGACGUGCACAAGUUCUGAAGCUAAUGUACAACCUGGACUUUCAGGGGACGAUGAAAGAAUUGAUUGAAUGUCACUAUGAUGACGUACGCCCAGAUGUACAGUUUGAGCAUCGCCACGAUCGUGAAACCGAAAUCAUUUCAGUUCCGUCAACCAGUUCAGCGAAGGCCCUUGAAUUGGGUUCAGAUAAUUUAGAAAAGGAAAGAGCUCCGACAGAUACAAAGACAGACGCUGCUGUAAUUGAAACAAAUACAAAUUCAUUCGAGCCUCUCUCUCUCGAAACGAAUGGCGAGAUACAAAAGUUCUUGGAUGGUUUGGAAAACGUAGGCGCCUUCGAACAUGAGCUGUGGAAUGACAUUUCCAAUCAAGCCGCAUGGCUAGGAAACGCUACCGAAGCAUCAGGCUCAAUGGGUGAAGAGAGUAUUUUUGGAGAUUUAAAUGCUAGUCUUUUCAGUGGAGACGUCGGACCCAACUGUUAG